AUGGCCGAGUCGUCAAAGGAAAGCAAGUCUCGGACCAGCCGCGUCGUGGACUCGGUCAACGAGAAGGCUCAGGGAAUCCUAAAGGAAGAUCUAGGCAAGGCGAAAGGAGUGGCGUACCAGGCGCUCAAGAGCAAGGCAUACCUGUAUCCCAUCAAGGGCAUCUUCUACUUCCUUUCUCAUAGAUCGCUGUGGGAACCUUUCACUUCCAAGCUCGGAUCCUAUUUGACACUGUCGGCUAGCGUCAUUGGCGGCAUGUUUGCCUUUACGUACCUCCCUCAGUUGGCGGUGCUUGUUUUCACAAGCGGACCUCUUGCCGUCUUUUCGACCGUUUUGCUUGUCUUGAACGAGAGUUCAACAAUCACCAAUAUUAUAUCGAGGAAUUGGAUCUUGCAGCAGUCUAUCCUCGACACCUUUGAUGGCACCCUCAUCUCGAGAAAUGCCAUCAGCAUGGUUCGUGAGGGUCGUGAGGUCAAGUCCGGAAGCGAUCCCAUAAAGAGGCUCGGCAAAACGCUAAAGAGCCCGUUUACCAAGCUCAGCCCAACGGCCAUUAUUCGAUAUAUCAUGUACUUGCCCCUCAACUUCAUUCCCGUCGUGGGAACAGCUACAUUUCUUUUUCUGCAAGCUCGUAUGAGAGGCACCUUAGUUCAUGGUCGAUACUUCCAGCUGAAGAAUUGGUCCGCCUCUCAGCGACGCGAGUGGUUGGACAAGCAUACCGGAGCUUAUACAGCGUUCGGUUUUGUGGCUACACUGCUCGAAAUGAUCCCCGUCGCCAACAUCUUUUUCACAUACACAAAUACUGGUGAGGCACUUCGCAACCUAUUCUGCAUAAUCAUCGGGGCUGACAAGCGGGUAGUCGGCGCUGCUCUGUGGGCCGCGGACAUUGAAGAACUUAACACAAGCAUGACGGAUGAAACGGCGCCGACGGUUAGGGAAGCCGCAAAGAAACUCCAAUAG